AUGCUGACCACGCUGCUUCCUGGAUGCCUCCUGAGUGAGAUUGGGUCUUGCGUGGCUUGGGAACUCUUCAGUACACCCCUGAGAGAUGUGGAGACGGUGGAUGGAAACCACCACCAUGACUACCAGCAUAGCCACGUGGACCUGACUGCACUGACACCUAAAAUGGCCCACAGACAAAUGAGAUACGAGCGACCCCAGCGGAUGAACAACAUCCUGACCUCAGCCACGGAGCCCUACGACCUAUCCCUCUCCAGAUCCUUCCAGAACCUGAGCCAUCUGCCACCUUCCUACGAGCUGGCCCUCAAGUCUGACUUAAGUGAUAAAGACAUAGAUGAGUACUACAGCAGGAAGCAUCAUCCUGACUUUGGUGGACGGGGACCAACCCACAUGGUGAAGCUGAAUGCAGAACCCCAACAACACCAGCAGCGGCAGCGUCCCCGUCGAGUCCAAAGGGCCAUGUCGCAGGACCAUGUCCUGUCUCCUCCCAGGACGCCACGACGUGGAGACUAUGGCCUGUCUUCAUACGGCGUGAUGGCAGCCGCAGCAUAUGGAAGCAGUCGCCACCUCUCAGAGGAGCAGCUGCUUUCAGCAGAUCGCCUCCAUUCCCAGGAUCCGCUGCUGCUGUCCCCAGCAAUGAGGCGUGACAAGUUCCGGGAGAAGGCCAUGGCAAGGGCCAUGUCUCAUGCUGACAUGCUGAUGCCCACCACGCCAGUUAUGGACCGCCACAAGGUGACCAAGAUGCACUCUCAACCCAGUGCCUCUACCGACUCCUACAACACUCUGACGGUCAACCACCAAGGAACCACGUCUAAGAGGCAGGCGUUUGCUUCCCGACGGACACACACGGUGGACCACCUGCAGUACAUUCCUGGCCACCACCACCACACAUACCACACUGCCAGUAAGAAUGAGAUUGCUGCAGCAGCCCAACUCCACAUGUUCAUAGCUGCAGCAGUCCUGAUCGCCAUCUGCUUCUCCAUUGAUAAGGACUCCUCCAACACCAGCUGCCAACCAAGCUACUGGAGGGGUCCCAUCCCAUCUCUUCCCCGGCUGGCCUCAUGCCUGGGCUUCAGAGGAAUUCCAUCUCUGCUGCUGGCCUUCGGUCCUGCUUCCUCACCCCCUGAGGGGGUCCCAUCUCCUCCGGCCCUCUCCUCUGCCACAGGACAAGCUCAUCUCCUCAGCCUCCAGAGAGGUCUGUCCAUCACUGCUGCUGGCCUCCAGAACUGCUUCUCCUCCGGGUUAACCCCAUGA